AUGGCGGGCUGGAAAGCCAGACGACAGCCAUUCGCCUUCGCCGCGCUCUUGCCCACCCUCGUCGUCCUCUCCGCCGCCGUCGACACCCUCGCUCCCGGCGACCGCUUGGAGGACGGCAGUUCCCUAGUCUCCUCCGAUGGGAGCUUCAAACUAGGAUUCUUCACGCCGGGGAAGUCGAAUUUCAGGUACUUGGGUAUCUCCUACAACCAGACUGCCGACCAGACGGUGGUCUGGGUGUCCAACCGUGAUACUCCCCUGCCGGACAAGACGGGCGUCCUCUCCAUCUCCACCAACGGCAGCCUCUUCCUCUCCGACUCAAAAGGAAUAAUCUACUGGUCGACGUCGUCGACGAGGCUUGCCGGGCCAGUUGCCAAGCUUCUGGACGACGGCAACUUCGUCGUGGCCGGUACUGGCGAAGGUGGAUACGCCUGGCAGAGCUUUGACCACCCCACGGACUCCCUCCUCCCCGGUAUGAAGUUGUGGACCGACCCCCGGACCGGGUUUGCCAGAAACGCCACUUCAUGGAAGUCCGACGACGACCCUGGCACUGGGGACUACACAUCCUUCUUGGACACUAACGGGGAUCCGCAGAUCUUCUUACUCAAGGGCACAAAGCUGGUCUGGAGGUCGGGGCCCUGGAUAGGAAAAGGAUUCAGCGGCAUCCCGGAGAUGUGGAUCAACGUCGAGUUCAACUCCUCCUUCGUCUCAAACGCCGACGAAGCCUACUACCUGUUCAGCAGGCGGUCUAAGUCCGUCCUGUCAAGGCUGGUGGUUCAGCCCAAAGGUGUGACAGAACACCGGGUUUGGAUAGAGAGCAAAGGCGAUUGGAAUGUUUUCUGGUCCGGUCCCAGGGACCGCUGCGACGAAUUUGGCUACUGCGGGAGCUUCGGCGUAUGUGACGCUAAUGAGACUCCGCUGUGCAGCUGUCUUCAAGGUUUCGAACCCAACUCGCCGGAUAACUGGAAACUCAGGGAUGGCACGGACGGUUGCAGACGGAGGACGGCGUUGGACUGCCAAAAUGGCACCGACGGGUUCGUCUUGGUGGCUAACACGAACCUUCCCGACACAUCGAUGGCGCUGGUGAACGAGAAUAUGGGGACUGAGGAGUGCUGGGAAGCGUGCCUCAGGAAUUGCUCCUGCACGGCCUACGCCAUUGCGGCGAUUAUCGACGGCGGCAGGAGCCGCUGCAUUCAGUGGAGUACCGCGUUGACGGACCUCCGGGUCUACGCCGAUGGCGGGCAGAAUCUGUUCGUCCGCCUCGCACGUGCCGAUCUAGGUACGACCGGAGAAAACUACCUUUAGCUUAAGCCUGGGCAAAGGUCGUCUUCUAGGGUUUUCAGAGCCGGCAGUUUUGACCACCCCAAAAUAGCUCUAACGCGGACUCACCAACAACCCCCAGCAACUAUUUCGAAGAGUUUUCUACCAUCGUCAGCGGAGGGAAACAACGGUCCCCGCGUGCUGUUUAUUUAAUUAAUAUGAAUUGAGCUUGGAGUUAAGGGCGUCCACUCUCUCUGCAGCUUUGUCGUCGAGCAAGCGGAAGAGAAGACGGAUAGUAACGGCAGUCUCGGCUGCGGCGGCGGUCCUCGUAGGGAUUCUCCUGGCUGGGCUGGUCGCCAGGUUUAUCAGGCAGAGGCGGAAAAGUAGUAAUACAGGUUAGAGCCCUUUUCUCAGCUCUCUAUCUCUCUAUCUCUCUAUCUCUCUCUAUCUCUCUCUCCUUCUCCCCCUCCCUCUCUCGCGACAUGGAUAAAUAAUCACAGUCUCGUACUAUUUUAUUUUACAGUGGUGCUCGGAAACUUCCCUAUAGUGAAGAGUAACGCCUGGAAGGAGGAGAUGAGCAGGUCGAGGGAGCUGGAUCUCCCCUUGUUCGAACUUGCAGCCAUCGCCGUGGCCACCAACCACUUUUCCAACGACAAUCUGCUCGGCGAGGGCGGCUUCGGUCCCGUUUACAAGGUCAACCAACUCGCCUCUUCGACUGACUAACCCCUCGUUGAACUUGAAGUUUCAAUCUUUCUAACUUUCUAAUUCUGGGCCGGCAGGGGAGGCUGGAAGGAAAGCAGGAGGUGGCGGUGAAGAGACUGGCGAAGAGCUCCUCGCAGGGCGUGGAACAAUUCAUGAACGAGGUGAGGUUGAUAGCGAAGCUUCAGCACCGGAACCUCGUCCGCCUCCUCGGAUGUUGCGUCGAUGGCGAAGAGAGGAUGCUCGUCUACGAGUACAUGCCCAACGGAAGCCUGGACUCCUUCAUUUUCAGUCAGUCUCUCACCCUCUGCUUCCUUCUCCCUCGCUCGCUUUUUCCCUCUCUCCCUCUCUAAACCCAAUCUCCUCCCUUUUCCCACCCUCUCUUUAUGUCCUGAUCUCUUGAUUUGUUAUCUAUCGCUUUCCCUCUCCCUCUCUCCCUCUCCCCCUCCCGUAUGGUGUCAGACAAAAACAAGGGGGCACUACUGGACUGGGCGACGCGGUGGCGGAUAAUAAUGGGGGUUGCGCGGGGGCUGCUCUACCUCCACCAGGACUCGCGCUUAAGGAUCAUCCACCGGGAUCUCAAGGCUGGCAACGUCCUCCUCGAUGACAGCAUGAACCCCAAGAUCUCCGACUUCGGCAUGGCCCACAUCAUCCCCGGAGACGAGAUCGAGGGUAAAACUCGAAGGGUCGUCGGCACCUAGUUAGUCUCCUCUGAAUGACUCCCCACCCGCCUCUCUCUCUCUCUCUCUUUCUCUCUCUCUUUCUCUCUCUCUUUCUGUUCAUGCCAGCCCUUUAUUUCUCUCUCUCUCUCUCUCUCUCUCCUCUCUAACUUACUGAUCUACUUGUUGUAGCGGGUACAUGUCCCCCGAGUACGCCAUGGACGGGACCUUCUCGGUGAAGUCCGACGUCUUCAGCUUCGGUGUCCUCGUUCUCGAGAUCAUCAGCGGCAGGAAAAACAGAGGCAUCUUACACUCCGAUCCCAAUCUCAACCUCCUGGCAUAUGUAAGUAUAAAUCAAGUGAGCGACCGAGCUAGAGAGAGAGUGAGAGAGAAAGGAAAUCUAUCCAACAGCCAUGGAGGAGCUUGACGAUAAGUUUUAAUCUCACCAUGGGUGGGUGUUCUUCGCAGGCAUGGAGACUGUGGGAAGAAGGCAAAGGGCUGGAGCUGGUGGACUCCUCGCUGGGGUACCCCAUUUCCAUGGCGGAGGUUCUCAAGGGCAUAGAGAUCGCCCUCCUUUGCGUGCAGGACCUGCCAGAGGACCGGCCGGAGAUGGCGGCGGUGGUUCUUAUGCUCGGUGGCGACAGGGCGCCGCCACCGCACCCCAAGCAGCCGGAGUUCGUAGCGGCGAGGGGGCGAUCUGAGGACUCCUCGUCGAGCAAGGGGCCCACCUGCACCGUCAACGACGUCACGAUCUCCGCUGUGCACGGCCGCUGA